UCUCCGCCGCAGAGCGCACACACUUGCGCACACUCACACACACUGCAUCACACACACUCAGCAGAGCAGAGGAGCUCUCAUCCUGAUCGGUGCCAGACGCACGGACGACUUUUUGUUUACGCGAGUUUUAUUACGUUUUUGUCCAGUUGUUAUACAUAUAUAUAUAUAUAUAUAUAUAUAUAUAUAAAUAGUGUAUAUUACACUUUUGUCUGAAGGUUGAAGUUAGUGUUUAAGUUUAUGGUUGUUGUUUUUCACGAAAAUUGGAAUAUAUUUCGGAAUUAAAAGUGGACAGACUCCUUCACGACGCGCAGGAGUCCUCUUUAAAAAGUUCACCCAGCAUUGUCUUUCCGAGGCAGGAGCGCUCAACUUGUCAGUGCGACUUCGUCUGGGGUGUUUUUUUUGACUAAAGUGUUCCCAGAAAUGGUGGGGCACCUACAUUUACAAGCGAUGGAUGAUAGCCUAAAAGGAAAGAACCGGGAAGGGUUGCUCGAUAGUCCGGAUUCGGGGUUACCCCCCAGCCCCAGUCCACCCUUCUGCUCCCUCUCCCCGGGUCUGAUCGAGUCGCGCUCCGGCAGCUGCACGACGCCCGUCGAAAGCCAUCAUGGAUAUUAUAAAAAGGAAAGCAGAGAAGGCAAACUGCUGCCCUACCUGCUGCUGAACUCCACGGGCACAGACCCAAAGACUCGCAUGCAUCCUGUGUUCUUUGGAGAAAGCAUCGAGGUCAACCCCAAACCGGAGCAGGAAAUCAAAUGCAACUCCGAGGUCAAGUACGACUCCGACAAGCACUACCAGGACCAGGUGUAUUGCACCCCGGUUCCCACGCCCACCUCUUUCAGCGAGACAGUGGUGGCGGUGAGGAACUGCACCUGGAGGAGCUACAAGUCCCAAGUUUACCUGGAGCCUCGGCAGAAACCCAUCAGCUACCGAAGCACCACCAUCAUCUACCCGAAGCACGCCAAGAACACUUACCGCACCACGCUCAACUACAACGCCGCGGGCUCCCGCCGCUGGUUCGUGUCCACGGUGCAGCUGGAGUCCAGUGAGGAUACUAGUCCCUGUAUCAUCUACACAGAGGAUCUGUAGGGCCCAGAAUGCACUGGGAGAGGGCUACCUGGUGAUCAUAUUAUGUGUGUUUGAGGACAAGGAACUUGGGAAGGCCUAUAUUGAAAGGGAAAUACUUCAAGUAAUACCCACAGCCCCUGAAAAACCCUACUCUGUUCAUCUUUACUCGCCAUGGAGGAAACUGUUGGAACCCUUUAUCGACAUUUCACCUGAGUUUCUGUAGACCUUCUACUGAUGCAGUCUUUAAAAAGAGAGUCUGUCCUUUUGCAGUUUGAAGCUGCACUUCAAUGGUUAAUGUCUUAUUUAACAAAAGAGCUGACAAAUUGGUGGCCUUCCCUCUCUUUCAGGUUGGAUUGUAACCUCAGUGAAGGUGAUGGACUGUGUUUGCAGAGACAACUUGAGAUAUGGUGGAUAUCAGCUCGGAGCCGGUGCAAACCUAGUCACGCCAAUGCAAAGCUUUCUAAUAUGGCUUUAUUGCACUUGUUUUCUAUAUCAAAAGUCCUCCCAGUGGACUUGCAUUGCAGGGGUGGGGGGAUUUCAGUACUGCGUGUGAAAAAUUGGACCAAAGUUUAUCUCUCUGUAUGACCUCCACACACUGAGACAGAACGCCUGAUUUUGCUGUACAGCAUCAAUUAACACACAUUAAAACAGCAGCCUGACUGUAGAAUUAAGACUAAUAAAAAGAAGGAUUACAGCACAAUAACAUCUGAUGCCUUGAGACUAUUUACAAGGGAGAUAUUUAAAUCCUCUAAAUCUUACUGUUGGAUCAGUCAUAGAUUAAACGUUUGUUGAACCAAAUGUUUGUUCAAAUUUGAUUUGAACUCUUUAAUUAAGGUAAUGAAAGAUUCAAUUGAGGGUGUUUUGUUAAACAGGUUUGGCUGCAGAUCAACAAUCAAGGAAGUUUGGAAAUAAAGAAACAGCAUUAUUCAUUAUUUAUUAAAAGUUGAACAUUUAAAACUCACUGAAUCUGCUUCAUCAGAUUAUUGAGAACAUUGGUGUUUCAAUGCCAAAAACUGAAUAUUGCCAGCAGUGCAUGUUUUCUAGUUGCUUCAGUCAGUGUAACGUCAUUGGUGUCAGACGGUUGAGCUUUUCAGUGGGGGAGUGUUUGACAAUGUUAAACACUUCUCUUUCACAACUCUCAGUACCCUUUUCCAUGAGAGCCAAACACAAAAACAAGAACUAUUUCCAGCUGAAGAUUUCGGCUUCAAAAAGGGCAAACACGGUUGUGAUUAUUUGGCACCAGCUAUCUGUAAAUACAUCAGUUACUGAAAAGUUUUGAGUGAUUUACUAAAUUAUUUUGCACAAAUAAAACUUAAGGAAUGUCUUAGCUAUUAAGUCAUUUGCCAGAUAUAAAAACAUGGAUGAUGUAAACAUGUCACUGUAAGCUUAUCAAAUUAUGUUUUGUUAAUAUAGGUAAUACUUUUUUAUUUAUUAGUGUAAACAUGGAUAAAUAUGUGUUUUCAGUGUCAUGAAAUAUCCAACUAUGCAAAGCUAACAAUAUUUGGCGUUUUAGUCUGACAUUGUUCACACUAAGUUAAGUAAUUUAUAGUCAUGUUGUUAUUUAUAAAAAAUAAUUUAAAUAUUUACAGGCAGAUAUUAUAUGUUAGUUCUUUUAAUCAAAACUAGUCGUAUUUAAGCAAGCUUCCUAACGUUAUGUAGCCUACAGCAGCUACAGCUGACAGUUAAUGGGCGUACAUCAAUUAAUAACCCAUCUCUACUCAAAAAAACCUUCUUAAUUUAGUGAUAUUUACAUCUACACCAAGUGAGAACUUCCUUUGUAGCCUUGAAUUUACAAGUAGCUGGUGCCGACGAGUGUUCCCUGUUGUUUUACAGAUAUCAAAACAUUGUCAUAUUGAACCAACAUCCGAUCAUCCUGUUGAAGAUGUAAAAUAUAAGUUUAUUGAGCUUUUUUUGUGUCCGUCUGAUAUAUAUAUUUAGAUUAUUGAACAUGGACAAUAUUGAGACAUCAGACUUUACCUCAAAUUUCCCUAGGUAUCCAUUUGACUUCAUUGCAAAUGUGUUUUUCCGAAUUUCAGUUGAGGUAUUGAACUUGCAGUCUUGGUUAUUUUAUAGUUUGAGUAACCCUCCAGGCAAGUGUAAGGGUAGGAGAUAGAUGGAGGCAUUAUGGGAAGGUGGUGCAUCAGUACUGUCAGAUGGGUAUUGGGUUUUAAUGAGGGAACAGUAAGUAGACAAAGAGGGGAACAUCAGUUCUGCUCUUUCAAAAGGAAAACUGAACAAGAGAAAAUAUUCUGAAGAUGGCUUUUUAUACCAAACAGUGAAGUUAUUGAAAAGAUGACGGAGGGUUUUGCUAUGUGUAGACGGUCUGUGAAAUGUCAGAGAAUGAUGAGAGAAAGUUGGUGGGUGUCGAGAUUAAUGCGUUGGUGUUUUUAUGUGAGAUACUUGUGUUUCCUAACACUUGAUUUUGUUACUGUACAUUUUUUUCCUGUUGUAUAUGUGGCAUCAAGGCACUUCAUAUUUCUCUUUAUAUUUUUGUACGUCAAUCAAUCGUUUGAGUUCUGAUUAAAGAAGAUAAUUUAAAAAGAUGUAUAUCCUAAAUGAAUAAAACAUUGCAAUUCCUAAAACCCA